GAACACUGGCCUGGAACCAUGGAGGUUGGUGUGAAGGUGGGCAGUGCCUGGAGAUGACAAGAUUGGAUCUGCUUGCAUGUCUGCUGCAGGGUUUGAGAUCACUGGAAGCAAAGAAACAAGGAUAUUGCCCUGACCAAUGUAGACUGGGUGUAUCGCCAAGCACGAGAAAUAAAGAGGAGGGAAUUGCCUCGAACCAUUGCAGGUCCACCUCCAGUGGCAGCUGUAGUGGCCUUUGAGUGGCUGAAGACCAGCGCCCUCACAGGCCUACACCCAGACCUACCACCCUUUUUUCUUAGCCCGAGUGAGCCUCCCCAGUACCUUGUUGGUGACUUCAGCAGGGUGAUUACAUGGGCCGCAUUCAGGAAGUGGGCUGGGCGACUGCAGGACUGAUGAUCUGGGCUGGCACCUGCUACUACAUUUACAAAUUAACCAAGGGAAGAGCCCAAAGUGUGAGGAGACUUUCCAGACAUGAGUCCAGUGUCGCAAUGGAGACUGUGGUUGGGGUACAGAACCAGGCCUUGGCCAUGAGUGAAGCCAUGGCUGGGGCUAAGAUUGAGACUAGACCCAAGGCCAAGACUGGAGCAGAAACUGGAGCAGGAUGUGGGCCUGGGGCUGAAGUAGAAACCAAAGCCAUUGCUAUAGCCAGACCCAAAACCAACACUCAGGCCAACACAAUAGCUGAGGUAGAGGUAGAGACCCAAUCUGAGGCCAAAGCAGUGUCUGGAACACUGGUCAUGACAGAAGCAGUGUCCAGUAGCCAGUGGACUGAAGCCAAGGCCGAAGCCAAGGUCAAAGCCAGGGAAGUGGCUGUGAAAGAGGCAGUGACCCAAACUGAUGCUGAGGCUGGGAAAAUAGUCAAAAAGGAGGCAGUGACUCAGACCAAGGCUAAAACUUGGGCACUGAUUGCCAGGGCAGAGACCAAGAAGGAAGCAAUGACCCAGACCAAAGCUGAAGUUCAUGUAUCGACUGAAAAAGAGGCAAAGAUUAACAAAGUAGUGGUGGCACAGAGUGAGGCGCUGGCAGUGACCAGAGAAGUGGUCAAGAUGGGGACCAUGAUCAAGACUGAAACUGUGGCUGAGGACAAGGCAAGAACCCUGGAAGAGACUGUGAGUGUGGCUAAGACUCAGUCUGAGGCCAGGCCUGGUGUCACAAUUGAUGCUAGGGGAAAUUCCAAUGGCAUGUCCAGGGCAGUGGCUGGAGUGGACAUGACGUCCUGUGCACAGUCUCAGGCUGUGGCCAAGAGCCAGGGUGAUAAAAUGCCUGGUACUAGGGUUGAGGACAAGGGGAAUCGCAAAACCAUGUCUAAGGCAAGGUCUGGAGCAAAUGUGAGGGCUUCUGCUCAGUCUCAACUUGCUGCCAAGGCCCAUGCUGAGGCCAUGCUUGGGGCAAAGAUUGAUGCUGGGGGUAAUACCAAUGCCAUGUGUAAGACAGGGGCAGAUAUGAGAACUGGUAUACAAUCUCAGACUGAGGCCAAGAAACAGGCUGAGGUAAUAUCUGGUGCCAGAGUUGAUGGCAAGGGAAAUAUCAAUGCCAUAUCCAAGGCAAUGACUGAAGCUGAUGUGAGAGCUGCUGCUCAGCCUCAAGCUGUAGUCAGUGCUCAGGCUGAGGUCAUGCCUGAUGCCAAGGUUAAAGGCAGAGGCAAUCCCAAUGCUGUGGCUAAAGCAGGGGCCAGGACAAACUCGAGAGCUGGUUCCCAAGCUGAAGCCUUGCCUGAUGUCAGGGAUAAGACCAAAGACAAUCCCAGUGUCACGGCCAAGACAGGGCCUGGGACAGAUACAUUGUCUUAUACACAGCCUCAGCCUGUGUCCAAUGUCCAGGCUGAUGCCUUGCCUGGUGGCAGAAUUAAAGCUAAGGGAAAUGCCAGCAUCAUGUCUAAGGAAGGAACUGGGACAGACACAAAAGCACAGUCUCCUGUUGUGACCCAGAGCCAGGGUGAAGCCUUACCCAGUACUAGAAGUAAGGGUAGGGGCAAAACCAAAGCCAAGUCUAAGGCAGGGAUUGGGAUAGAUAUGAAAACCUGUGCACGACCUCAGGCUGGGACCAAGACACAAUCUGAGGCCUUGCCUGAUUCCAGGGUUGAUGGUAAGGGCUAUCUUAAUGCUAUUUCUAGAGCUGAUGCUAAGGCAGACCAGAAAGCCUGUGGUCAGCCCCAGACUGUGGCGAAUUCCCAGGGUGAGGGCUCAGCUGGUGCCAAGAAGAAAGUCAAGGGUAAUCCCAAUGCUGUGUCUAAGACAGGGGUUGGGGAAAAUACAACAGGCUCUGUCCAGCCUCAGAUUGUGGCCAAUCCCCAGGGUGAGGCCUUGCCCGGUGCCAAAAAGAAAGUCAAGGGUAAUCCCAAUGCUGUGUCUAAGACAGGGGUUGGGGAAAAUACAACAGGCUCUGCCCAGCCUCAGGUUGUGGCCAGUCCCCAGGGUGAGGCCUUGCCUGGUACCAAGAAUAAAGUCAAGGGUAAUCCUAAUGCUGUGUCUAAGGCAGAGGCUGGGGCAGGUACUGUAAGCUCUGCCCAGCCCCAGGUUGUGGCCAAUUCUCAGGGUGAGGCCUUGCCCGGUGCCAAGAAAAAAGUCAAGGGUAAUCCUAAUUCUGUGUCUAAGGCAGAGGCUGGGGCAGGUACUGUAAGCUCUGCCCAGCCCCAGGUUGUGGCCAAUUCUCAGGGUGAGGCCUUGCCCGGUGCCAAGAAAAAAGUCAAGGGUAAUCCUAAUGCUGUGCCUAAGGCAGGGGCUGGCACUGAUAUAGUGGGUCCUACCCAGUCCCAGGAUAUGGUUAGUUCCCAGGGUGAGGUAUUGCCUAGUGCCAAAAACAAGGUCAGGGGUAAUCGCAAUGCUGUGCCUAAGGCAGGGGACAGGACAGAUACAGUGGGCUCUGCCCAGCCCCUAGAUAUAUCCAGGUCCCAGGAUGAGGUCUUGCCUGGUGCCAAGAAUAAGGUCAAGGGAAGUCCCAGUGCUGUGCCUAAAGCAGAAGCUGGGUCAAGUACAGUGGGCUCUGCCCAGUCUCAGCCUACGGCCAGUUUCCAGGGUAAGGCCUUGCCUGGUGCCAAGAAUAAGAUCAGGAGCAAUUCCAAUGCCAUGUCUAAAGCAGGGGUUGGGACAGAUACAGUGGGCUCUGCUCAGCCCCAGACUGUGACCAGUUCCCAGAGUGAGGCCAGUUCCCAGAGUGAGGCCUUGUCUGGUACCAAGAAUAAAGUCAAGGGCAAUUCCAAUGCCAUGUCUAAGGCAGGGGUUGGGGCAGAUACAGUGGGCUCUGCCCACCCCCAGACUGUGACCAGUUCCCAGAGAGAGGCCGAUUCUCAGAGUGAGGCCUUGUCUGGUACCAAGAAUAAAGUCAAGGGCAAUUCCAAUGCCAUGUCUAAGGCAGGGGUUGGGACAGAUACAGUGGGCUUUGCCCAGCCCCAGACUGUGACCAAUUCCCAGAGUGAGGCCGAUUCUCAGAGUGAGGCCUUGUCUGGUACCAAGAAUAAAGUCAAGGGCAAUUCCAAUGCCAUGUCUAAGGCAGGGGUUGGGGCAGAUACAGUGGGCUCUGCCCACCCCCAGACUGUGACCAGUUCCCAGAGUGAGGCCAAUUCCCAGAGUGAGGCCUUGUCUGGUACCAAGAAUAAAGUCAAGGGCAAUUCCAAUGCCAUGUCUAAGGCAGGGGUUAAGGCAGAUAUAGUGGGCUCUAUGCAGCUCCAGUCUAUGGCCAAUUCCCAGGAUGAGGCCUUGUUUGGUACCAAGAAUAAGGUCAAGAGCAAUACCAAUACUGUGUCUAAGGCAGAGGCUGGGGCAGGUACAAUGGGCUCUGCCAAGUCCCAGACUGUGACCACUUCCCAAAGUGAAACCUUGCUUGGUGCCCGGAAUAAGGUCAAGGGUAAUUCUAAUAUUGUGUCUAAAGCAGAGGCUGGGGCAGGUACAUUGAGCUCUAUCCAGAGCCAGGCUGUGGAUAGUUUCCUGGGGGAGAACUUGCUUGGUGCCAGGAAUAAGGUCAGAGGCAAUGCUAAUGCUGCUCCUAAAACAGGGGCUGGGGCAAAUAGAAGGGGCUCUACCCAGCCCCAAACUGUGGGAAGUUCCCAGGGUGAAGUCUUGCCUAGGGCAAGGGACAAAGCUAUGCCUAGUUCUGAGGUGGAAGCCACAACAGAAGGUGAGGUCUAUCCAAAGCGAGAAGCUCUGGCAGUGUCCACUUCUGAGAGUGAGGGUGUGACAGGUGCUGAGGCCUCUAGAAAGACUCAGACUGAUAUCCAUGACUACUACUGGAAUGGAAUUGGUGUUGAAGAUUGGAUUGCUGCUGAGCGGUGGAUCAAAUUUAGGUUUCAGGCCAUGGAUGGAGAUUGGGAGAAUAAUAUGUCUUGGGCUGAUGAUGAGAAUGAAAUUAAUGUUGGGGCCUGGAGUGGGUCUUCUGACAAGGCUGGUAUUAUUAGGUCCUGGACUAUGGCUUUUUCUGGGGCCAGCAUUAAGUCCUGGACUGGGAAUGAGGUUGCUCUUGGGUCCUGGGCUGGACCUGGGGACCAGGCCUGUGGAGGACUCUGGGCUGGGGGUCAGGCUAGUGAGGGGUCCUGGGCUGGGGACAAGGCCAGUGGGGGUUCUUGGGCAGAGGCUGAGGAAAAGGCCAUUGGAGCAUCCUGGACUGGGAUUGAGAACCAGGACAGUGGUGGGUCUUGGGCUUCUGGAAACCAGGCCAUUGGAGGGCCCUGGGCUGGGGGUCAGGCCAGUGAAGGGUCUUGGCCUGGGGGCCAGACCAGUGGGAUCUCCUGGGCUGGGGAAGAGGCUAUUGGAGGGUCUUGGACUGGGAACCAGGACAGUGGAGGAUCUUGGGCUGGGACUGGGGCUGGGAAUAUGGGUACUAUUGGGUACUGGACUGGGGGUGUGGAUCAGGCUAGUGGUGGGUCCUGGGCUGGGACUGAUCAUCAAUCUGGGGGUGGGUCCAAGCCUGUAUUUAUGGAUCAGGCUAAUGAAAAAGAAUCUUGGGCUGGGACUGGUGGCCAGGCCAGUGAAGGGUCCAGGUUGGGUCCUGAGAACCAGUCUAGUGGAAGGUCUUGGGCUGGGACUGUGGACCGAGUCAGUGGAGGGUCUAGGCUGGGGCUUGUAGACCAGUCCAGUGGAAGUCCCUGGGCUGACACUGAGGACCAGGCUGGUGGAGGGUCUAAGCCAGGGUCCAUGGACCAACCAGGUGGAGAGCCCUGGGCUGGGACAGGUAACCAGUCUAGUGGUGGAUCUAAACCUAGAUUUGAGAAUCAGGCCAGUGAAGAAGGGUCCUGGACUGGAGCUGUUUGCCAGAGUGGUGGUGGGUCCAAGUCUGGACCCGAGGACCAGUCCAGUGGAACAUCCUGGGGUGACUCCAGGAACCAAAUCAGUGGAGGAUUCUUGAUUGGGGCUGUGAAUCAGGCCAGUGGAGAUUCCUGGGUUGCUACUGGGGACCAGGCCAGUGGAUGGUUUUGUGUUUACACUGGGAGUCAGGCUAGUGGAGGAGGUUCUUGGGUUGGUGCUGGUGGCCAGGAUGUUGGAGAGUCUAGGCUGGAGUUCACAAACCAGUCCGGUAGUGGGUCUUGGGCAGGCACUGGGAAUCAGGUCAGUGGAGGGUCCUGGACUGGGACUGGGGAUCAAGCUGGUGGGUGUUCCAAACCUGGAUUUGAGGAUCAGACCAUUGGAGGAGGGUUCUGGUCUAGUGCUGGGGAUCAGGGAAGUAGAGAAUCCUGGGGUGGGUCUAGGUCUGGGAAUGAGGCCAGUGGAGGGUCUAGUCUGGGGCCUGAAGAUCAGCCCAGUGGAGGAGGUUCCUGGGAUGGGAUUUGUGGCCAGGUCAUUGGAGAAUCAAGGCCAGAGCCUGCAGACAAGUCCAGUGGUGGGACCUGGGCUGGCACUGCCAGUCAGGCCAGUGGAAGGUCCUGGGUUGGGCCUGGGGAUCAGGUUGAUGGCUGUCCCAAAUCUGGAUUUGAAGACCAGGCCUGUGGAGGAAGCUCCUGGGCUGGUGUUGGGAACCAAGCCAGUGGAGAAUCUUGGACUGGCUCUAGGCCUGUGAAUGAAGUCAGUGGAGAAUCUGGAUUGGAGCCUGAGGAUCAAGCCAGUGGAGGGUCCUGGGCUAGGUCUGAGGACCAGACCAGUGGAAGGUUUCAGGUCACUGCUGAGACAGAGGCCAAUGAAGGAUUCUGGUUUGGGCCUGGGAGUGAAGCCUGUAUAGGGACUUGGUGCUGGACAGGGGAAAAGGCUGUUAUUAUGCCCAGUUCUCAUGCCAAGGAUGAGGCCAGUACUGAAUCCAGAUCAGGGGCUGAAGAGGAGGUCAUCACAAAUUCUAGUGUUGGGGCUGAGAAUAAGACUAGUGUUGGGUCCUGGAUUGGAUCUGAGGAGGCAGCUUACAUGGGUUCCUGUCGGGGGGCUGAGGGUGGGGCUGAGGCUGGGUCUGAAGCGAGAAUGGGGUCUUGGUCCUGGAACGGAGAUACAACCACUAUAGAGUCUAGGCUUGGGGCUGGGGAAGAGGCUGGCAUAGAGUCCUGGACUUUGGCUAGGGAUGUAGAUGAGGAUGAGCUAAGCAGAACGUCCAGCCCUGAUAUUGAGGAGAUCAGUUUAAGGUCUUUGUUUUGGGCUGAGAGUGAGAAUAACAAUGAAUUCAGAUCCAAGAGUGGGAAAGAUGUCCAUUUUGAGUCUGGGGCUGGAGAAAAGGCCAGCAUCCAGGAUAAGUUUGAGGCUGCUGGUGGAGUUGAUAUAAGAUCUUGGUUCUGUGCUGAAAGUGAAAACAGAAGUGAGGACAAAUCUGCACCUAAGACUAAAGCCAAAAAGUCAGCUGAGUCAAGAGGCACAUACCCAUCCAUGGUCCCCGGGGCAGGAAUGGGGUCAUGGGAUGGAGCCAUGAUCUGGUCAGAAACAAAGUUUCCACACCAAAGUGACGCCAGCUACCCAGUUGAAGAUGAGUUCAGAAAGCAGGUCAGGACUGGGGAGAAAAUUCGGCCCGGGUCCUGCCGCUGUAAACGUGAUGCUAAUAUGGAUCCACGAGAGCUUGAAAAACUCAUUUGCAUGAUUGAGAUGACUGAAGAUCCUUCUGUUCAUGAAAUAGCCAAUAAUGCUCUAUAUAACAGUGCUGAUUAUCCUUAUUCCCACGAAGUUGUUCGUAAUGUAGGUGGAAUCUCAGUUAUUGAAAGCUUACUCAAUAAUCCCCACCCCAGUGUUAGGCAGAAGGCUUUAAAUGCAUUGAAUAAUAUCUCAGUUGCUGCUGAAAACCAUAGGAAGGUUAAAACAUAUUUAAAUCAAGUCUGUGAAGACACAGUCACCUAUCCCUUGAAUUCAAAUGUGCAGCUGGCUGGACUAAGAUUGAUAAGGCAUCUGACUAUUACUAGUGAAUAUCAGCAUAUGGUUACAAACUAUAUCUCAGAAUUUCUUCGUUUGUUAACUGUGGGAAGUGGAGAAACUAAAGACCAUGUUUUGGGAAUGCUCUUGAAUUUCUCAAAAAAUCCAUCUAUGACAAAAGACUUGCUCAUUGCUAAUGCUCCAACAACACUAAUGAAUAUUUUUAGCAAGAAAGAGACAAAAGAGAAUAUUCUUAAUGCUCUUUCGUUAUUUGAAAAUAUAAAUUACCACUUUAAAAGAAGAGCAAAAGCAUUUACUCAGGACAAGUUUAAUAAAAAUUCCCUUUAUUUCCUAUUCCAACGACCUAAAGCAUGUGCCAAGAAACUUCGAGUCUUAGCAGCAGAAUGUAAUGACCCUGAGGUGAAAGAAAGAGUUGAGCUAUUAAUAAGUAAACUCUGAUUAGCAUUAUGUUCCCAAACAACUUCGAGUGAUAUUUUGGUUUUGCAGGCUGGAAGUAAUGCACAUUGUACAUUGCAUUAUAACUUCAAAACUGAUGUUACCUAUGAUGGUCUAUAGCCAGACCAUUCUAUGAACACCAAAUGAAUUCAAACUUGUACUGAAAAUACAUGUGUUGAUUUUUAUCUUGUCUGGAUUGAGAUACAUUUAGUAUGCUUCAUGAGCAGAACUGAACUGAUUCUUCAUAAGUAAGGUAAUCUUUGGUCCUUUGUGUGGACUUAUGUUUAUACAUCCGAGACUUUAUUUUUAUGUCAUCAAUAAAGUUGUGUCUUUUAAGCAGCAG